AUUGCCUAUUAUCCACUCCAUAACCGUGACGAUCACAAUUGGGAAUGAAAAUUGAGCUAGGGCUGCAAUGGAGAGAAGCGCGUAUCGUACAGAGGAGGCUAUCGACAGUUCAUUAUGUGCCGUUUGCGGAGAUCUCGCCCGAGUGAUGUGCCCCUGCUUGCAGCGUCAUUUCUGCACGCUUGACUGCCAGAACGCGGAUUGGAGCAAAGGUGGUCAUCACCUUGUGUGCAAGUUUGACAAAGAACCGCAUAUGUGGAAGGCUGCAACACAGCCGGAAGUUCAGCUGUCACCCAACGUAAAGAUUUCUAACGAAGCUCCGCAAGCAUCUAACUGGAGGGUGCUUGGUAUUUGCGAGCUGUUGAAUAUCUCGGCUGGAGCGGCCUUUUUAACAGACGAAUCGAAAAGGAGAGAUUUCGAGGGCGAAGUUCGUUAUUCUCCAGUGUCCGGGGCCUCAAGAUCAAGCUCAAACAGGGUAAUCAAUGCUCACUACCAAGAUCCAGCGUACAUCGCCCAAGAAGACACACACAUGAGUGUCUCGCCGUCACGUUCGAUAGUUGAACGGAAACGUUCACACCCAGAUGAACUACAAAUUUAUCGAAGGUCUACUCAUCCUUUCGCAGAUACGCAACGUAGUAUACGCCAAGAAACUUCACUGCCUAACUACCGCACAACAGUGCGCAACGAACAUGAACACGACCACUCCAGAUACAACGGUUAUCUGCAGCCAACACCGGAUUUUAUAAAACCAAAUCAUGCGCCGACACGCAGAACUGAGAUCGAGGCUAAGUAUGUUGAUGAGGCUAACAACCACCACGAGGUCGACAGCCACCUGGAACAGAGACCAGAGCCCAAGAGACAAUAUGCUAGUGCUAGAAUAGGGCCCCAAAUGCCGAUAUUUGUUUCGCAGAACAAACCAGGCCUAGUUAGGAUGAAUCUCGCAUCCAAUAACUUCGGCUUUCGAGGGCAGAACCACUACAAACAUGCAAGGCACCUAUCGAGCGAUGUUGCCAGUAACCAUAAACCAGUGACAGAGCCGACAUCGAAAGUAAGGGCAUGCACAUGGGAGGGUUGUAAUCGAACCUUCACAAGGUCAGAUCAUUUCACGAGGCACUUGAACACGCAUACCGGUCAUAGGCCGUUCACUUGUGCGUGGGAUGGGUGUGGAAAAAGUUUCGGUCAAGCCAACAAUUUGACUCGGCAUUUGAAAACUCACAAAAAGGAGAAAUUGUACUCUUGUUCUUGGGAAGGAUGCGCGAAAACUUUCAGUGAGGCUAAUAAUCUUGCCAACCAUUUCCGACAGCACUCUGAUGCUGGACCUCAUAUGUGUAGUUGGGAUGAUUGUACGAAAACCUUUGCCGAUCCCGGCUACAUGGCUGCGCACGAACGUAAACACUCUCGAACAGAAGUGUUUCGUUGCACUGACGAAAGUUGCGAAAGGUCAUUUUCCACGCGCAAUUAUCUCAAAAGUCACUUGCGAACGCACACGAUCGAGAAACCCUUUGCAUGUACUCGAUGCUUCAAGCGCUUCAAUCAGUCUAGUAUUUUGAGUCGUCAUGUUCGAACGCACGAACUGGAACAAGCUACUCAUUCUUCUUGAAAAUUAAUUAAACACUUCAAACGAGUUCUAAAUACAUGGCUAAAUACAUCAAAAUCAUAGCCUUCUAAAUUAGACACAUUCAGAAAGCUAUGAAUUGUUUUAGAAAUAAAACCGGACGUAUAAAUUGUGGGUCCACAGUCCUGGC